GAACUGCAAAGAUCUCGUGCUUUGGAGAUGAAGAUGAUAAAUCCAAGGAAAUAAUCCAGCUGCUGCCAUUGUGACAACUGAAAGGUCCUUUGUGUCAAAAUGAACAGUCUUUGAGAAAAAUCUGGAAAGCAGUUAAAUCUGAAAAAUGGGAGAAAGAGUGAGGAGCCCAGAUUCUGAACACGACAGGAAAUCAGAUGGGGAUAAAAAUAGUGAUUCCUAUUAUUCAGAUGAAGAUAAUGCAUCUCGUUCAUCUGGCCAGUCGCCAACACUAAGCUAUCCGUCUACAAGCCAAGAAAAAAGAGAUCACAAAACACAAACUUCAAACAGCCUUGUGCACUACCAAGCCACAAAGAAAUUGGGUUCCAAAUAUGCACCAAGCAAAAGAGGGACACAGUGGGGUUUCCGUUCUCAGAGCCUCACUAGGGAUUCUCCUGCAAAAGAUAUAGAUCUUGUUACAAAAAGAGUUCUUUCUGCUAGGCUACUGAAAAUCAAUGAGCUCCGAAAUGAACUGACUGAACUCCACAUCAAACUAGAUGAGCUGCAGAAGGAAAACAGGGCACUGAAGAGGCUUCAGCACAGGCAGGAGAAAGCCUUGAAUAAGUUUGAAGAUACGGAAAACGAAAUCUCUCAGCUCCUUGCUCGGCACAACAAUGAGAUUAGAAUAUUAAGGGAGCGCCUACGAAAAUCUCAAGAGAGAGAACGUGCAACUGAGAGACGGCUGAAAGAUUCGGAAGAUGAACUGUACAGAACAAAAACUGUCUUGCAGAAACUGAAAAAGCUGUCUGAAGAUAAGCACCUUGCCGAAAGAGAUGACCUGGCAAAGAAACUAGCCAAUGCAGAGAGCAGGCUACAGGAGAGUGAAAAAAGAAUUAAGGAUCUGGAAAAAAAUCUUGAAUUAAGUGGUAGCAGUUUUCAAAGAGAGUUGCAUUCAAAGAAAAAAAAGAUGUAUGAAGCUCAAGAAGAAAAGAGAGUUCUCCAAGAAGAGCUUCAUCAACUAAAUCAGAAGCUGAAGGAAAAAGAAAGAGAACUUGAAGCAAAAAAUAUAUAUGCUAAUCGUAUGUUGAAGCUCUCACCAAGAAAAGACAUGGAUAUUAUCCAAAGGAAAAGAGCCAACAACCAAAAUAUCAAAAAAGGAGCACAGCUCACAAAAGGUGUACAGACCAGUGGAUACUUCUCACCAGUAGAAUUUCUUCCAGAACCAGAACUUGUCUGUGGUGAUGCAGCAAACAAGAACGAAGGGAUUCUUCCUAAAAUAGAAAAAGAAACUCAAGACAAAGAAUGGAAAGAGCAAGCAGACCUCCUAAGACAAAACCAAGACAGGGAAAGGGAAGAGAAACUGAAACAUUUUCAGGAAAUACAGCUUUUAGAGGAGAGAGUUCAAAAACUACAUGAUGAGUGGGAAAGGGAAGAAUAUGACAAAAUGAAAAAAGAAAGCAGCUUUUUAUCGGAUAAAGAAGCAAAAGCAAAGAUGGAGACAGAAAUGCACAAACCUGAAGUAGAGCGAGAAAGCACUGAAAUGCUGGAAGAGCAGCGAAAAAGAGAAUUCCUGCUUGCUAAAAUGCAAGAAGUUGAUAGAGAAAGUCAAAAUGUAACAAACAUGAAACCUGCUUCCCAUGCACUGCUCAUAAAUACAGCAAGAAAAUCUGAUUCGCUGGAGAAAAAAGAAAAAACUAAUACAUUCCUUGAGAUUCCCGGGAGGGUUGCUAAUGGAUUUCCCAUAGAUGACAGCCAGGAUGAUGCCACAAGAGCACAAGGACAGAAGCAACGAAAUCUAAGGACCGCAGAUUUAAGUAGUGAGUUAACAUUUGGUAGUUAUGUACCUUCCUUUGGGAAAGGAUCAGGGAGACCGAGUUGGCUUACUCAAAAAAAUGAAAACUUAGAAGAAAAUGUCAAGGAAAAUGCAGAUUGCAAUAGUAAGAAAGAAAAGAAGUCCAAUUUAAUGGAACAACUCUUUGGAAGCAGUGCCAGUACCAUCCUUCUUUCUAAAAAUAAUGAUACAACACCUUUUGACAUAGAUUGGGACUCUGGAAAUACUCUUCUUGUCGAUAAAAACAGUAAAAUCAAAGUAAAAGAAGACAAUGAGCUUUUCGGUGAAGGAAGAAACCUAUCCAGACACCGUUUGCAACACACUACAAGCAAGCAAGGAGUUAAGACCCUUGGUUCUUUAGAAGAUGAAAUAGAAGAAGUAAUCUUACAAUGA